UGACAUGUGUAAUUUAUCUGUUAUAUUUUGAGACUCAGUUAUGCGAUGGUGGGGGAGAAUUCACAGCCAGGUCUUGUUUUGCUCAAUUUUUCAAUAACAUGGCCAUCCAUUUUGACAAAGAAGACGAGACUGAUUUUCAGGACAAGGAGCACGCAGACAACGAGACCCACUGUGCUGAAUUGUGCUGUGGAGGGUAUCGCAAACUUAACAAGGAAGACACCAUCCCUCAAAUACACAGCAGCAACAACAACAAAAACAACGACAACAUUAAAGACAACAAGACUAGGAAGGUGCGUCUGGAGGACUAUUACUGUGAUGCUGUCAUGUACUCGCCCUCUCUCGGACACCUCAACUGCAUUCUACUCAUGUGUCAGACUAGAAACUGCACCCUACAGUUCCAAUUGGAGCAAAACAUGACCGCUAUUGUUUUGAGCAAGCAGAGAAAAGACACUUUUGACUCCAACGGAAAGCGGGUGUUUCCUUCCAACCACGUGUUCACAGCAGCUUUAGUCGUCAUUCUGAUCACAUUCAUCGUCUUCGUUUUAUGUCUUGCCAUAUUCGGACACAGGACUAGCCAGAGACACAGCAUGAGAGGGGGACAUGAUCGAUUGAGAGGACUGAACGGGGGUAGACAACAGGUCCCCGUGUCAGCAUCGCCAUCUUCGAGAAGUGGAAGCAAGAACUCGAGACAGAAUUAUGCCUCAAUUAACUUGCAGCCACACAUGACAGUGGACAAGGAGAAAGUACUCAUUUGA